UUGGAUGACAGAUUUAUAACACUGGUUAUAGCACAACUCGAUGGAAUAGAAGGAAAAACAGGCUUCAAAACUGGCAAUCAAGACUGGGGCCAUGUGGAAGUGCGACCCGGUGCCCACAUGUUUUGGUGGCUUUAUUACGCAAAUCCUCCAAGUAAGUCACCCUUCUUCAAUCCUUUCCGCAAGCCACUUUUGAUUUGGCUUCAAGGGGGUCCUGGAGCUCCUUCAAGUGCUUACGGCAAUUUUGAAGAAAUUGGACCGCUGGAUGUCAAUUUGGAAAAACGGAACUAUAGUUGGGUCAAUGAUUACAAUGUUUUAUUUAUUGAUAGUCCAGUGGGCACCGGGUUUAGUUACGUUGAUGAUGAUUCGAAAUUACCAACUGACAACCAGAACAUAAGCUAUGAUCUUAUACGUUUCAUAAAAGUAUUUUUGGAAAAAAUUCCUUCAUUUCAAGAGGUUCCGACUUAUAUUUUGUCUGAAUCGUACGGUGGAAAAAUGGCAACACAUUUUGCGCUCUAUUGGAGUAUGGUCCAAAAAAAAGGAAUGAUUAAAAGUAACCUUAAAGGUGUUGGUCUAGGCGAUUCCUUCAUUUCUCCAGUUGAUAUUGUUGUCUCUUAUGCUCCACAUUUAUACUUCAUGGGGAUGGUUGGUUACGAUUGCUAUGGAAGUAUCAAAGAUUCCGCAAACACUGUGAAAAAUGACAUUGAUUCUGAAAAAUGGACACAAGCUUACAAAAAAUUCUUAAACACAAUUCAAGUUAUUAGAAAAUGUACAAAUGGGAUUGAUUUCUACAAUAUACUAGAAAAAACAACACCGUUGCGUCUUUCAAGAAGUCAAUAUAGAUCUGACAGCCGAGAGCAGUUAAAACAGUCUGAUUUUGACCAAAAAUUAACUACUCUUAUGAAUGGUGAAGUCAAAAAAGCCCUCGGACUCAACCAACCAUUUUAUAUACGUAAUAAUAAAAUUAAAACACAGUUGGCUAAAGACUACAUGAAACCUGUGACUGAUAUCGUUGAACGAAUACUCAAUGAAACAAAUCUUAAAGUCUUUGUAUACAAUGGGCAGUUGGAUGUUGUAGUACCGACUGUUAGUACAUACAUGUGGGUGCAAAAACUCAAUUGGAGUGGUGCAAAAGCGUGGAAAAAUUCUGAGAGAUCGUCAUUGGUCAUCGACAAUAGCAUUGAAGGCUAUGUACAAGGCUACAAAAAUUUCAAGAUGUUUUGGAUUAAUAGGGCUGGGCACAUGACACCAAAAGAUAAUUACUACGCAAUGAAUGCUAUAUUAAACUUGAAUUUAUUCUUAAUCAUGAUUUGGAUUGUGCUAGUUAUUUUGCUGACACCUUCUUCAUUAUACGCAAUGAAUAUAGACGAAGUGGGAAAAAAAGGUUUUGGUCCAGGAAAACAAGAUUGGGGAUAUGUGCUAGUGAGACCAGCUGCCCAUAUGUUUUGGUGGCUUUAUUACGUCAAUCCUCCAGCAAUGAACUCAUCAAUACAUUUCGAUGUCUACACUAGACCUUUGAUUAUUUGGUUACAAGGUGGGUUGGGGGUCUCUGCUACUAGUUUUGGAAAUUUCUACGAGUUAGGUCCACUUGAUAUUGACCUUAAGCCGAGAAAUUACACGUGGGUCAGCGAUUAUAAUAUUUUAUUCAUUGAUAAUCCAGUGGGUACUGGGUUCAGUUUCGUUGACAAUAACACGGCAAUGGCAGAAAACAACACGCAGAUAGCUCAGGAUCUAUUGGAAUGUAUAAAGAGUUUCUUAGAAAGUGUUCCUAAGUUUAAAAAUGUCCCUACUUACAUCGUAGCUGAAUCCUACGGAGGAAAAAUAGCUGUAGAGUUCGCCCUUCUUUGGUUUCGGGCUCAAAGUACUACAAAUAUUACCAGUAAAUUGAAAGGGAUAGCUAUAGGUGACUCACCUAUUUCGUUUUCUAAAGUAGUUCGCUCAAUACCUGCUUAUCUUUUGAAUAUGGGUUUGGUAGACAAAACUGAUUUCCGUAAAAUUAAGAGGUUUGGUGACAGAAUAAAAACUGAUGUAAUCAGAAAGGAAUGGGCUGACGCAUAUACAAAUUAUAAAAAUAUGUGGAACAUAAUUUAUGAUGUUACAGACAACAUUGACGUUUAUAAUAUUUUAACGCCUCAGAAUACUAGCAAGGAGAGCUAUUGUAGGUAUAAUUUCUCCCACACUCAACAACAACAACAACAAAAAUCAAUUAAUGUUUCUAAUAUUAUUCAAAAAUUGAUGGAAAAUAACGUAAAAAAAGCACUUAAUCUUUCAAGUACCUACAAUUUGAUGUCGAGUCUUGUAGUUGUUAAAUUGACCAACGAUUUUAUGAAACCUGUUCAUCAUAUUGUUGAAAAACUACUAAUGGAAACAGAUCUUAAAAUUUUUGUUUACACCGGCCAAUUGGAUAUGGUAAUUCCGCCAUCUAGUACGCUUGCUUGGAUGAGAAAACUAAAAUGGAAAAACGCUUUAUCAUGGAGGACUGCACCGAGAUUUACACUUAUUAUCAAUAAUGUGAUUGAAGGGUUUGUUAAGGAAUUUGAAAAAUUGAAGUUGUUUUUGAUUGUUCGAGCAGGACAUCUGGUAUCACGUGACAACCCUUAUGCUUUGAAGGCGAUUAUUAAAGAUUUGACCACUGAUUUACCAAAGGAU